AUGCUAGGAUUCUCGAAUGAGAAUAAGGUUGGAACUAUUCAACUCCAUGACGAUGCUCUAGUCGUCGCACUCAAGAUUGGGGGAUAUGACGUGAAAAGGGUAUUAGUCGAUCCGGGUAGCGCUAUGGAGGUAAUGUACCCCGACCUAUAUAAGGGGCUGAACCUGAAGCCCGAAGACUUGACGGCAUAUAAUUCCCCUUUGGUAAGUUUCGAAGGGAAAACCGUUACUCCGAGAGGCCAGAUUAGGCUACCCAUACAAACUGGCUCGGACAUAGUGGAGGUGGAUUUCAUAGUGGUGGAUGCAUAUUCGCCCUAUGUCGCCAUUGUAACUAGACUGUGGCUUCAUGCCUUAGGGGCUGUUUCUUCUACCCUGCACCAGAAGGUGAAAUACCCUUUGGAAGGUUGGGUCAAAGAAGUCAUAGGGGACCAAGCCAUGGCUCGGCAAUACAUGGUGUCCGCCAUCUCACGAUGGCCGAGUGCUGAACCCUCAACCUCUACCGAGAACGGCUUAUAG